ACCCCGCAGAACUUCCAGAACUGGAGAAGGACGUCCAAACGCAUCAGCAGGAUUCUGACUUCAGUUUGGACCAAGAGAAACCAGAACAAUGGCAGAUGACGAGGGAAAGAGAGGAACCCGGCCCACCACAGAUGGCACUUAGCCUGGAGGAACCAGAACUUCUGCAGUUGAAGGAGGAAGACGGUGAAAUCUGGAUCAGUCGGGUUGAAGAGCAGCUGGUUCUGAAUCAGCAGACUGAUUCUGUCAUGAAGGAAAGAGAACCAGAACCAGACGGACGCCAGAGCUCGUCUCAGAGCUCGUCUCAGAGCUCGUCUCAGCGCUCGUCUCAGAGCUCGUCUCAGAGCUCGUCUCAGAACUAUCAUGAAGCUCAGAACCUAAACCAGAACCAAAGAGACGAUGGAGACUCGGGACCAAGCAGAGCUGCAGGUUUGAAACUGAGCAACAGAGGCAGAGCUAAAGGAAAGAGGCUCAGAGUUGGAAAUCGGGCUUUUUGCCAAAUUUGUGGUAAAAGUUUUAACCAGUUUUAUUUAUAUAAUCACAUCAGAACUCACACAGGCGAGAAGCGUUUCUCCUGUCAGAUCUGUGGGAAAGGAUUCAUUCAGAGCUACCAGUACACUGUUCACAUGAGAACUCACACCGGGGAGAGACCGUUCUCAUGUCACGUCUGCGGGAAACGUUUUGUUCAGAAGAAUAACGUAGUGACUCACAUGAAGGUUCAUGUGGGUGAGAAAGGCUUUGCGUGUGAGGUCUGCGGUGUGUGUUUCUCUCUCAGUGCUGAUCUGACUCGCCACACGGCCGCCGCUCACUCACAGGACAAACCUUUUACGUUUCAGCCGCCGGAAUGAGGCGUCGGCCUUUUCUAACUAGAUCAGAUUACUUUCAAAUGCUUGAAGCUAAAAUGAAGAAACUUUAACAUAUUCAAUUCAUGUAGUUUUUAUUUCAGGGCAACAAAAUGAAUGUUUUUCUGGGAUCCUUCAUGAAGAAUGACAAUCUUUACAGAAAACGAAUGAAAAUGAGAAGUACAUGAAAUUAAUAUGGAUUUAAUGCAUCAAGUUAAAAGGCGUCAUUGAAACUAAAGAUCAAAGUUGAAUUUGUGUUUGUAGAGGAAUGGCUUGGCUUUUGGUCAUGUGAUGCAUUGAAGGAUUGUGGGUCGUUAACCGACAAGCAGACAUGAACUCAGCAGCUUCACUGUUUGGGGAGUUUUUGUCUUUAUAAGUUUAUAAGUUUUUGUCUUUAUAAGUUUAUAAGUUUUUGUCUUUAUAAGUUUAUAAGUUUUUGUCUUUAUAAGUUUAUAAGUUUUUGUCUUUAUAAUUGUAAGUUUCUGGCAUUUCUCAACUCCGCUACUGAAACACUUGAGAGUUUUGUUCAGUGAAUUAGUUUGUUUUCCAUUCAAAUGAUGAUGUGACGAUCGGCUUAAUAUGUAAAUGAUAUCAGCAGAUAUAGUCAUAAUCUGUAGCCUUUUAUUCUGAAGGAUUUAGGAUUUCACUGUUUAGUUUUUGUUUUACUUUAUCGUUUAGUUUUAAAACAAGUUACUGAAGUUUCUCAUGUAUCUUUUGUCACUUUGGGGAAUUAAAGUGUAUUUGUGUUCAUUCAACAGGUUUA